AUGAGUAUCCGCGACAAAGCCCACAAGGACAAGUGUGGCAUUCAGAACGAAUUGCAGCUCUCUGAAGCCCUGUGUCGCAGGGCGCUGUCCUGUGAUCUUUUGCAGCUCUGCACUUUUGCCAACAUGGACAUGUGGCACAGGCAUUUGCUUUCCAAGCUGUCGGAACAGCCGCCUCCUUAUUAUGCCAAGGUUUCGAUGGAGCAGCUGCUCAGGUGCGACAAGGCGGCGUGGGUUCGCAUGAGUGAGCUCUUGACCUCUUUAAAGAAGGACGAUGCAGGAAACCUUCCGAUGGAUGCCGCCUUGGACAAGCUUCAAUAUGAUCCAAAAAUCAUGAUGCAUCUGGCUCCACUCCCUGGGGCUAAGUGGACAGGCGAUGGAAAAGGUGACAAGGGCACCAAGCGUGAUGCCGACGGCAAGGCGAAAUUGCCUCACCGUCCCAAUAAAGGUGCUGGCAAAGGGAAGUGUCCUGAGGCGUUGGCCGACUCGCGCUUGAAGCACAACUGUAGCAAGACUAAGAAGCGUCUGUGCUGGAAUUUCAACAUGCAGGCUGGAUGCAAGUUUGCGAAGGCCGGUGAGAGCUGCAAACGAGGCUUGCAUAUUUGUAUGUUCUGCGAGCAACCCCAUUCCCUUCUUCAGUGUCCGACUUACAAAGCCGAUUCUUUGCUUGAUGAAGUGCUAAGCCCUUCGGCCCCGCCUCAUGCGGCAAACCAUGUUUGCAUGCCGGCACAGAUCGACCCGGUUGGCCCGGUGGAACGUCCCAAGCCAGCCUCGUCAGUGCUUGAUCGAAUUCCUAGUGUUGUGAUCGAUGAGCGAGUUUUUCCCUUGCCCGCUGAGCGGCAAGUGCAUGCCUCUUUGCAUCCGGCAGAGCAAUUUGCUCAAAACGUUCUGUCGUCUGGUGAACCUGUGACAGCAACUUGUAUUGAGCGCCCUUUUAGUUUGUUGCCUUCCAAGGUGGACGAACGCUUCGGUUCGAUUUCUGGUAAAUCCUUUGUAGCGGGUGUUUUCCGGCAUGGGGGCGUCGUUGGCCUCACGAACACCUGCCGCUCCUUCCCCCAAUCAGUCAGUUUGGCCAUCGCCUGGGCCAUGACACAAGGCGAGCCCGAACUUUCUGAUUUCACUUUUUGCUCCAUUGCUUUGAACCUCAACGUUAAGACUGAAGUUCACCGGGAUGUGAACAACGAUGAUGCUGACAACCUAGUGCUGCCGGUCACCACCUUUUCAGGUGGGCACAUUUGGGUUCAAUCCGAGUCGGGCAGCCAUGUGCUGCCUGUCAAUGGGUCCAUGGUUCCCGGCGACUUGCAUGAUGUUGCUGCAGCCCUCUAUGCCCGCAAGCGCUUGCGUUGCACAAUGCCAUGGACGGGUGAUCGGAUGGUCCUCAUCUUGUUCUCGGGCGGCGAUGUUACUGCCAAAGUCAAAGGAGUGCCCCUUGAUAGUCUCAUGUUCCUUGAUGUUUUCUGCGGUACGGGGGGCCUCUGUGCCUCACUUCGGCAAUUGGGCAUGAAGCUAAGUGUCGGUUUUGACCGUCACGCGCAGCGUGGUUGCAAGUGCCCUGUUGUCUCCCUGGACCUCACGAAGCCAGGAUCGCGGGCCAUUCUCCUUGACCUUCUUCAACAGCCUCACGUUGUUGCCUGCCACUUGUCCCCACCUGUCACCACAAGCUGCGGUGGUUUGCAGGGCCCGCGUUCGGGCGGGCUUCGCAAUGCAACGCACCCUGAAGGUGUGCCUGGUCUGCAAGGUACUGACCUAGAGUUAGUCCAGGGCGCCAACGCACUUUUUGCCUUGUGCGCCGAAGUUUGGCACAUCUGUUGGAGCCAUGGGGUCUUUUGCUCCAUUGCUCACCCGAGUAGAUCCAUUAUGUGGCUCAGUGCGUCACUUCGCUCCUGUCAGUCUACGCCUUUCCUCUCCACUUCUUUGCACCAAUGCAUGUUUGGCUCCUACCGGAGAAAGGCCACUCGCCUUUUGCACACGGUUCCCUACUUGCAAAAGCUCGGUGUAACUUGUGAUGGCGGACACGAUCAUGAACCGUGGCGAUCCCCUGCACAAAAUCGCAUGAAGGAUGGCGGUCUUCCUCCGCUACUGUGCAAGACUUUUGCCCAGGCACUUGUGGAUCAGCUCGUUGCGUGCGGUGCGCGCGCCCCGGCGUGCUCUUUUGCAAAUGCCACCCUGUCGCUCUCCCUGGGCGCUCGUGUUGCUACUGCGACGCAACCCUCGGGUCGCAAGAUCCCUCCACUGGUUCCCGAGUUUGCCCGCACAGUCAAGUUGGCAGGCCCAGCCGAUCAGCUGCCGUGCACCUCAAAGACCAAGCUAGUGUCGGCGUGGGCGGAUCCAAGUGUCUCCGAGCCAGCCCUGUAG